AUGAUCACAUUAGUCGCCUUUGACCUUGACGGCACACUUGCCGAGAGCAAACAGCCUAUCAAGCCCGAUAUGGGCGAAGCCCUCUCCGACCUGCUAUCUGUCUCAAACGUCGCAAUCAUCUCCGGCGGUGACUGGCCACAAUUCCACAAACAAGUCGCCAGCCGUCUGCCAUCUUCUGCGGAGCUCUCCAAACUGUGGCUGAUGCCAACAACCGGCACCAAGUUGUACACUUAUCGUGACGAUGCAUGGCAAGUCGUGUACGCAGAACUCUUCUCCGAGCAAGAAAGAGCACACAUCAUCAAGGCAUUUGAACUUUCAUUGGCUGCCACAGGCUUUACACCUGAGCAAACCUGGGGAGAAAGAAUCGAAGACCGUGGAAGUCAAAUCACUUUUUCCGCACUUGGACAGCAAGCACCAGUUCGCGAAAAAGAACAUUGGGAUCCUAACUUUGCCAAACGAAAGGUCAUUCAAGCAGAUCUGCGUACACGUCUUCCAGGCUUGUCUAUCAAUAUGGGCGGAGCAACUUCCAUUGACAUCACCAGAGAAGGUGUGGACAAGGGAUAUGGCUUGAAGAAACUUCGUGAUGCCAGUGGUAUUCCCUUGGAGCAAAUGAUGUUCAUCGGGGAUGCGAUAUUCCCUGGUGGUAAUGAUUAUCCUGCAAAGGAGAUUGGCUUGGAGACUGUGAGGGUCAAGGAUCCGGAUGGUACGCUUGCUGCUAUUGCUGGUAUUGUGGCAUGCCUCAGAUAA